AUGAGAUCAAAUAUGUAACUGUUCAUUAGCCUAUUGUACUAAGAUAGAUAGACUGUUGAUUUUAUAUGUUAGAAUAUAUGGAGAGAUUCAUUAAUAAUAAUGAAUCCUAAUUAUUAAAUACUUUAAUAGUUUGGAAUACGAUCACUUGAAAUGGUUCACAAAAGUGAUGAUUUUUAUUAAACCAAUACUAAUUAAAAAAAAUAUAAAAUGCCUUAAGUUCGGGAUAAAAAGAUUAUGCACUUAGAUUUUCAAGAAAAUUGUUGA